AUGCUUUCCACUCCCAACAACUUAGAUUUGCCUGCUCAUGACUCUUCAGUUGAUGCUAACGCAGCUUCAUUUUCUUCAGCUCAAUCUAUUAUUAGCCAGAAUCCUUUGUCUUCUCUUUCUCCUGAUAGUGGGAAACUAAAUGAUACUCAGAUGUCUGUCUUGUUGACUGCGCUUGCGUUCCCUAUCUCUCUAGGAGGCAGGUACUCGUGGAUGGGUCCCUGGGGGCCUUUGCUUCGCUAUGGCACUUAUGGACGUCUUCCUGAAAAUCAAUUGGCUGUCCGUGAUCGGUUCCACGAUUUGCUGAUACGCGAAGCAGACAAACAACGUUCAUUAAACAUUAAUUAUGUAGAAGAGCUGUCUAUGUUUAUUGAAAAGACAGUGCGGAUUAAUGCUGUUUACCUCUUUACUCAGUUGCACAGGCUCCCCAAAGAGGAGCAAGCGUAUUAUCUUGACGGACUUGCUUUAAAGGUAUGCCAAGCUUGUGGAUUUUACUUAAUAAUAUCUAGUCUGCCCUGA